AUGCCACGGCCCCGCGGCAGCUGUUAUUAAUGAAAGCGCGCAGGAUUAUCCUUUUCCGCUCCCUAAGCCCGACGAAUCCUUAUCAAUGGAGCCGUGUGAUUUACCGUAAUAGCGAGUUAAAGAUGACAUGGUUGGAAAGAAGAGAUAGGAGGGACGGGCGGGGAGAGGAGUGAAUGUGUGUUUGCAAGUGUGUGUGCACGCGCGCGUGUGUGUGUGAAAGAGAGAGAGGGGGAGAGGGCGCGCAUGUCCAAUGCUUCCACGCAGGCUGUAGAAGCUCCUCACCAGUGGUGAGUUUUUCUCUCUCUUUUUCCCUUCGCUCUCUUUUCCACCCAUCUUGCAUGUGCUCUGUUGACCGUUGAGCCGGACAAAGCUCUCUCCAUCGGCAGCGGACACUGCGGGGGGAACAAGCAUACUAUGGAUUGCUAAAACUCCGGCUUCUUUUUCCUCUUUUCACUUCUUCUCUAUCGCCUUGUGUAAUCCUCCUCAAUGUCUCUACACAGUUUUUAAGGAACGGAAAAUGAGGAUUAUUUACCCGCACUUUCUCGGGGUGUUUUCCGCACUAUGGGGGCUUGCGACUGGGGCUUUCCCCAGCAGCGUCCAGAUAGGCGGUCUGUUUAUCAGGAACACCGAUCAGGAGUACACAGCAUUCCGGUUGGCUAUCUUUCUGCACAACACCAGCCCCAAUCAGACGGAGGCUCCUUUCACCCUGGUACCCCAUGUCGACAACAUCGAAACAGCUAACAGCUUCGCUGUCACAAACGCCUUCUGUUCACAGUACUCACGGGGUGUGUUCGCGAUCUUCGGCCUGUACGACAAGCGGUCUGUACACACUCUGACGUCAUUCUGCAGCGCCUUGCACAUCUCCCUGGUCACGCCCAGUUUUCCCACAGAGGGGGAGGGCCAGUUCACCCUGCAGCUACGCCCCUCCAUCAGGGGAGCUCUGCUCUCCCUGCUGGACCACUACGACUGGAGCCGCUUCGUCUUCCUGUACGAUACAGACCGAGGUUACGCCAUUCUACAGGCAAUCAUGGAGCGUGCAGGUCAAAAUGGUUGGCAGGUGAGUGCCAUCUGUGUGGAGAGUUUCAAUGAAGCAGCAUACCGUCGUCUGCUGGAAGACCUGGACCGCCGGCAGGAGAGGAAGUAUGUCAUCGAUCUAGAGCCUGAGAGACUGCAGUGCAUUCUAGAACAGGCAGUAAGUGUGGGGAAACAUAUCAAAGGCUACCAUUACAUCAUAGCCAACCUGGGUUUUAAAGACAUAUCGCUGGAGAGGUUUAUGCAUGGUGGGGCUAACGUCACAGGGUUCCAGUUGGUUGACUUUAGCAAAGCCAUGGUCAUCAAACUGAUGCAGCGCUGGAACAAACUGGACCAGAGAGAGUACCCGGGUUCUGACAGCCCACCCAAGUACACCUCAUCUCUGACAUACGACGGUGUCUUGGUCAUGGCCGAGGCCUUUAGGAACCUUCGUCGACAGAAGAUAGACAUCUCUCGUCGGGGAAAUGCAGGCGACUGUCUGGCCAACCCAGCUGCUCCCUGGAACCAAGGCAUAGACAUGGAACGUACACUCAAACAGGUGCGUAUUCAGGGUCUGACGGGCAACAUCCAGUUUGACCACUACGGCCGCAGGGUCAACUACACCAUGGACGUCUUUGAGCUGAAAAGCAACGGACCACGACGGAUUGGCUACUGGAACGACAUUGACAAGUUAGUUCUGGUCCAGAAUGAACUGCUUUCUUUGGACAACGGCACGUCUAUGGAGAACAGGACAGUCGUCGUGACGACCAUCAUGCCACUGAUGAGGAAGCCUCUUCUACGGCACUGAGGACUAACAGUACAGUACAGACAAACAGACAGACGGAUGGGAGAUGGACUAUCACACGAAGGAUUCACAGGCCGAGUGACCACAGAGACUCUAGCUGUAUUCCACCGUGUUUCUCUAGCUAUGGAACUGAGACAAGAGGACUUAUGAGAAGACCGAGUGACAAUCAGGCCUGCGGGCCUCUAUCUAUCUCUAUCUGCUUUGUCAUGGCUUUGCCUUUCCUUCACCGGGCGGAAACUGCAGACACGGGACAGAGCACAAAAGUGUGAAUGUUUCGGGAAAGUGUUUUAUUAGAUGCUGGUGAAAACGUGUCCCUUCUUUUGUUUCAAUGGUGAUGGCUGGACUUUCAUUUCGCUUUCCCUGCUUCGUUUAUGUUUUUACUUUCUCGUAUGGAUGAAGGAAUUUGAUCGGGUGCAGAGAAAGAGACCCACUCAGAAGAGGCAGGGGCCGUGCAGAAACAGCCACACCAGAAGACAGCCAUCCACACACUUUCUCACAGACUAACACCCCAAAACACAUCUACAACAACAUCACUGUUUCAAAUAAACUCACCGCGACCUAGCCUACAAAAAAGGUUGUUCGGAAACUUGCUGUGUAUGCAUGAACAUACACACUCAAAGAAACCAACACUAUCUCCGCCACAGACAGGCACGCACGCUAACUCACAUGGUCCCAGUGUAUUGAUUUUGAUUGAUCUCACAGUGUUGAUCUUAUUAGUCUUGGCUUGUGUUCGCAUGCUAAUGGGCGCAAUCAGUACGUGUGUGUGUUUGUACGCAUAUGUGGGGCGUUUUGUCUGCAAUUAGUGUGUUUCAUCGCCAUGCCUGUGAAAGCCGGCUUACUGUCUUCACAUCACACCGGCACACCCCAAGCAUAUAACUGCCGUAGGAAUUCGGUGUUCUCCAAUGACUGCGUCAAAGAGCGUGUAUCGACAGUGAGGCACUGCAGGUGUUUUGGGAGGCACAAUCACGGUAGAAUCGUAAAAUCGACAAUUACGUACAACAGCCGUGCACUAAUAGAACUAAUUGCACAAGCAAUUUUUUUCCAUAGAUCUAAUUCAUUUUACAGGAAGUUGCAUGACGUAUUGUACAUCAUGAUUUCCCUGAAAUACAUUACGAAGCAUUACAAGCUUUAAACUUUUUUUUUAACACAGAUUACAAUUACGAUAACAACCGCGGUUGGUUGCAUAACCAUUAAUUGUUACCCAAAAUGUCAUAUUAGUGCCAGACCUGUAGCGGUUAGCACUUUGUCUCCAUUCAUUUGUCAUUCAUCUGGAUUUCUUCAGCGAUACCUGCUGUUAACGCUGUAUCUCCCUGAUGUUUAAGUUUGAGUAUAGCUGUUCUGUAUUGAGUGGUGGGAUAAUUAGCUUUAUGGUGCCUAUGUUGCUGUUAUCGACCUGAAUCAUUCACCACCACACAUCCACUGUCUCUACUCUCUAUCUAUCUCCUACAUAUCUGUCCCUCGUUCUUUCUCUCUGUCACUCCAUCUCUCUCUCGCCCUCUCUCUGUCUUUUCCUGUCCGUCUCCCUCCCUCCCCGUCACCUCUACACUUCUUUCCUCUGUCUGUUUUCUCACUCCCGUAUUCUCAUGUAAGACAUUUGCUGCAGUGUUCAGCAGAUGAGAACAACAGCCCAACAUUCCUCCAUGCACCUAUACUGACACUAAACCCCAAUAACACUCACACACGCUGUGACAAGAGUCUGCAACAAACUGAUAACAGACAAUAACCAGUUGUAGGCAGAACCCCAAGAAGUGUGUGUGGACAUCCAUGUGUGUGGCCUUCCGUGUGUGUGUAUGCCCAUACCUGUGCUUACAUGCAAGUGUUUUUUCCAUCACAAUACUGAACACUCGUCAAAGUCAUCUUUCCUGAUGUUAAACUGCCGCCCUUCUAAUAUGUAAAUAAUUUCUGCAAAGUGAGGCCAUAUUAAGAGGAUACUUAUCAAGUGUUUGUCAGAUAUUGUCCUCACGUAGCCUAAAGUCAAGUUGAGUCUAUAUUCUCCACCAUCUGUUCUCCAGAUCCUGCUACACAGUAGGGUUACUAUUUAGGCAAACAUUUUAAACAUCUAAGUCUUUUUUUUUUUUUUACAAUGUUUUAGUUUUUUCUGAAAACGUAAAUGUUUCUGAAAAAUUAAUUUCUCAAAACUAUAUUAGAAAAUGUGCAAAUACAUUCAUCAAAAGGACACGACAGCCUGCAAAAUAAUUAAUGCAACCAUAUUUUUUAGUUAAGUCUUUCUAUCCCAGUAGAUCAAUACAUUUCUUAUCCUAAAAUGUAGAAUUAAGGGUAAUUACUCUUUCUGUUUUUAUGGAUAUUUCUCCAAACAACUUCAUAUGCAUGAAAUAUAAUGAUUCCUAUUAAAAAAUAUAUAUGGUCAUUGUAUGCAGGAUGUAUUCAUCUGUGAUAAUCCAAUCCAAUUGCAAAUAUACAACACAAGCUCUUUUACUUUUAAAGGGGAAUACAAUGGGGCUCAACCAUUUCCAUUGCUCAGUUCUGGAAUGGAAGACCACAACGUUCUGGAGGAUGAGUAACCUAAAUUUACUUCAACUUCACUGUCUACACUUAUAUGUCAGUGAUUAAGCAGACGUGCUUAUCCAGAGUGAUUUAGUGUCUGCAUACAUUUUUAUACUUUUUUGUGGUGGUCCUUCAUGGGAAUCAAACCCAUAAUGCAGACGAUGCCUACUCAAUUGCUUUAGGUAUCGGAAUAUAUCAGGCAAGGCAUAGAGAGUUAGCAAAUCUUACGUCACCUACCCAAUAAUUUAUUGUCUUAAUCUCCCCAUGAUGCUAACAUUAAAGAGCCCAGAGUUAAAUAGAUGUAUUCAUCCUUAAGAUUAGAAAUGCCCAGUUAGGUGCCGAAAUGCAUACUACUGUAUAUGUGUGAGUACUUUUCCCAUAGACAGCGUUGUAGAUUCAUUCAAUGUACUAAGCUAAAGUCAGAGUAAUGCACUUGUCUCUAAUUCUAAGUAAUUUGAUUUAUUACGGUUAAGAAGUAAUGAUACAUUUGAUCAAAAUAGAGACUACAUAUCAGCAAUUGUCACUGUAACAAAUUGCUCAAAGUAUAAAAUACAGACCUUAAUAUUCCACACGUACCAGUGCCGGGAGAAUCGUUUUCACAUUCAGUCCCUGAAUUAUAAUUGCUUUUCCUUAUUCUACCCUGACAGCCAAUCUUGCAAAAUCCCCCCUAGCAUCAAAAGCAUCACUUCACCUUGGCAAAAACAAUGAAAUAACAGACAGGAACUCAAUGCAACAAUAGGAGAGGACAUGUUCUCACAAUGCUCUUUUAACGGUCCCGCCAUCCGGCCACCAUUUCUGCACAACAUCUCUGUAAAAUAUGACAGAUGGCCCGUGCGGUUAAAUAACUGGAAUACUCAAGCGUACAAGGGAAACCAAAACCACAGUUAAAUCCUCACAAUAACAUGAAUUAAAGUCUAAUCAGACACCACACCUUAACAGGUGCCCAACGACACUGGUGGAUGGGGAAGAGGUGUGUCCUGCUCUUUCAGAGAUGUCAAAGUGUUGACAUUAACCCUGAAUAUUUAUUAUCAUACUGAUGAUGACUGGCUGGAUAGUGCCAGGUUUAGAAAAGACCAUGAUCACAAGUCUGCAAAUACAUUAGAUCGUUGCUGCUCUAUGUACGGAAAUCUCUCGACAAAACAAAAAUCACCUAAUUACUUACACAAGGCUGAGAAAAAACUAAAUGUAAUGGAAGAAGUUGCACGUUAUGUGACUUCCCAAUAGAUGGCAAGGAAUAUGAACUCAGCUCGGAUUUAGAGAUUGAGAUUUUUUUGUGUUGGACUACGCCUUUAAGGCUUUACGACAGUCUGAUGGUUGAAGCGGCACAGCUACGUUUGAGAGAAUUUCAGACUGUGUGACUUUUUUAUGAGUGAUUCACACUGAGGAAACAGAGAUCGAGCUUAGAGGGGUGCUAAUGUGUGCAUGAAAAUAAGGUUGGGGAAAUUAAAUGUGCUUCGCAGCUUGGACAAAAUAUACAAUGUAACAUGAUUCUGCCUUAAGAUAACUGCACAGUAUAUUUACUUUCAGACACUGGAUAAAUGCAAACACCAGUACUGUGUAAGCAUGUAAGGCUUGAUUCUACCUCGAGGUCCUUGUGAGUAACAGAAAUCUCACAAUUAUACCAGAAUUAAAAUCUCUAGGUAGGAUGGCCUUAUGGACUAUGAGUUUGAUAUGUUAGUAAUAUCCUUCUUUACCAAUGCCAUGUCUCUAAAAUUCGGUCUAAAAUAUGUCACACUUUCCUAUUUGCUUUGGUAUUGUCACUAAUUUUAUGUUGCCUCUCAGAUUUAUUAUGGCAGACACCUUGGCAUCCAGGGUUGUAUCCAUCUCACUUGUAAAUGACCAUUAUACAACAAGAUGUGUAUAUCAGUUUGAUUUCAACUAUUUCAUAUAGUGUUUAUUGCAGCUAUUCUAAUUUGAUAGAUGUAUAAAACUUUUGAAAGCCUGUGAGUCUGAAUACAAAUAUUUGAAAUUCUG